AUAUAAACCUCUAUUUAUAAUCAAAUGACCUCACAUUCAUCCUCAACAAACCCUAGCCUGCUCACAUUCCAUUCCUCAUAACAGAUUUAACUGAAUCCAACUUAUCUCUAACACAUAUAUGAAAGCAUUCCGCUUGCAUUGCAUAGAUCUAUCAGUGUUGAAGCAAAUCAGCAUUUGAUCGAAUAUGGAGAGCGCGUGUAGCUUGGAAUACAAGACGGUGAUCAACGAGCUCGUGCAGGGCAUGGAGAAAGCCAAGCAGCUCCAUUCCCAUCUCUGCUCCACGUCCCCGUCUCGAGCUCAGGACCUGCUCAUGCAGAGGAUCCUAUCCUCGUACGAGAAGGCCUUGCUCAUCCUCAACCCCAAGGAACACACUCCACCACCCUCGGCAGCCGCUGUCGACUCACCAAUAUCUGUCGUUGACGGAAUCUGCAGAAGUGAGGACUUGAACAAUAGUUUCAGGGACAAUCAAGACUACAAUGCAUCCAAAAAGAGAAAGAUGCAGCCAACGUGGAUGGAACAAGUGAAAGUUAACCCUGAAAACGGACUCGAAGGACCUGCUGAUGAUGGAUAUAGUUGGAGAAAAUAUGGGCAGAAAGACAUUCUAGGAGCUAGAUAUCCCAGGAGCUAUUACCGUUGCACUUACCGUCUUGUCCAAAACUGCUGGGCCACGAAGCAAGUGCAAAGAUCCGACGACGACCCAACUGUAUUUGAGAUCACUUACAAAGGGACGCACACGUGCAACCAGUCGACCAAUGCACCAGUAGUCCCCCCACCAGUGUCACAGGAGAAGCAAGAAUUGCAGCAACAGAGUCAAGCACUUUUGAAAUUGAAAGCAAGCCUAAGAGUGAACACGGACACCGGCAACUCGGAGACGAUGCCAGCUCACUUCUCCUUUCCAUCCACAUAUGAGUUAUGUGACACAGAUAAUCACUACAUUUCAUUCUCUGAUCUCGUUGGUGAUGGUAAUUUGGGAGCAUAUUCUCCACUGUUUCUAUCUCCGGCCACCUCAGAAACAAACUACUUCUCCCCCGCCCCUCACCAUAUGGUGAGCUUCGGAGGGUCUCAAGGUUAUCAACACACGGAAUCUGAUAUUGCGGACAUUGUUUCAGCCCAUGCAUCAACAACCAACUCCCCAAUCGGGAGCAUGGACUUCCCGAUUGAUCCGUUAGAACUGGAUCCGAAUUUCCCAUUUAACACCUCCGGAUUUUUCAGAUGAUCAGAUUUUGAAAAAGUAGGCAAAUAAGAGGAAUAGAUAUUGCAAACCAUUACUCUAGCUACUCUAACAUAUCUAGAUAUAUCAAAGCUAGAGUUAGAGAAUAAUAUGAAAAGCAAAAACAAUAGCAACAGAUGUUGAAACAUCAAGAGUAGCAUGUUUUUUUAUAUAUAUUCACAUUGUUGUACAAAAACAAUAGCAACAGAUGUUGAAAAUCUAUGAAGAAUCUUGUCAGUCAUGACGAGUGCACAUUCUUCUCAAA